AUGUUGUUCUAUGAGUUUUUCAAAUCCAACAUAGGAAAACGGAUUUUUGUGAUGUUGAAAGCUGGAGUGUAUGUGUCUGGAGUGCUAAACAGCAUAGAUCCAUACCUCAACUUGAAUCUCGAGGAAGUGGAGAUCCUUAGCGACCACCCUGGAUUGAGUGGGACUUCUCUGUGCUCAAUACGAGGGUCGUCUAUAAAAUAUAUCCUUGCAGAUAGAGAUGCAGGAUUACUUCAAGGAGUGAAUGCUGGAAGCAGGCUUAGAAUGAUACUUGACAAAUGUUAUUGA